AUGAUCACUGAUAACUCCGGAAAAUCACAUAACAACUUGCUUUCUAACGUAAAGUUCGAUCCGAUCGAGUUGGAAGAUCGAUAUGUUCAUCAAGUGUAUGAUGUGAUAGCCUCUGAGUUCAGUUCUACUCGACAUUCACCUUGGCCUAGUGUUGUGAAAUUUAUUGAAGCCCAACCACUGAAUAGCCUUGGCGCUGAUAUAGGUUGUGGAAAUGGAAAAUAUCUUACUGCGUCAUCAAAAUAUUAUGGUACUAUGGAAGAUAGCACUUCAUCAACUAGUGUACAGUGCAAAAGUAUAGUUGCCACUUCUAAUUUCAUUCCUAUCGCUGCUAUGGAGAGAAGCCCGAAACUAGCAGAGAUUGUAUAUAACAGAGGCUUCGAUGUAGUCAUAGGUGACAUACUACGAAUACCUUAUUGUUCAGAACGUUUUGAUUUUUUUCUGUGCAUAGCUGUUAUUCAUCAUUUAUCCACUAUGGCUAGGCGUAUAAAAGCAGUAAAUGAGCUGGCUCGUAUUCUACGCGUUGGAGGUCAAGGGUUAAUACAAGUUUGGGCUAAAGAACAGCACGGUAUUUCAAAAUCUGAACCGUCAUAUUACGUUAAUCGUAAGACAAAAAUGAUGUCUAAUGUCAACGAUUCUCCAGAAUCACUCUCAAAAAUUGUUGAAGCUGUCCCUGGUACCUAUUUACCUCUACAUGUCAAUGGUACAGAAUUUCAAAAUACAGAUAUGUUAGUUCCUUGGAAGAAAAAAACCCACAAAGUGACCGAUCACUUGAAAGAGUCUAAUCAACCAUUACCUAAUUCAAUGUAUGGUCGUUAUUAUCAUUUAUUUGUUAUGGGAGAAUUGGAUGAUCUAAUAUCAAAAGUACCUGCUCUAAGAAUUGACAAAUCUUUCUAUGAACAAGGAAAUUGGGUUGUACAUGUAACAAAAAUUGUAUAAAAUAAAAUGAUGACAUAGAAAUACACCCAUCGUACUGUAAUGAACGAUGAUCCAGGUGGGGACAACCAAAUGUAUCUUAAUACAAAAUUACAGAGUUCUGUUGAUAAAAUGUGAAAACCAUACGUUCAACUUUUCAUUUGCAAAUCUUUCAUAAAUCGUCUUGAACUUCAUUGUUCCUUCAUUACAACAACAAUCACUCUUCGUUCCCGUUCUCUGCGAUUCGAUCUUCUCAAGUUUCUACUGCCAAGCAUUCCACUUUUGACUGGUGUUAUAUACUACUUAUGUUGACAUAAAUAGCAUACGCCACAGUACUAUGAAUUAUUUGAUCAUUUUUUGUAAAUCAAGAUGGUUUGAUUGGUGUUACCUUAUAAAAAAUGAUUUUUUGUUAGUACUUUUAAUGAAUACCAACUAACUGGAUCAUUCAAUAUAAAAGUCAGGCAAGAUUGUUUGGUAAUACACAUUAACCACCAUGAAAUAUAUUUUAAUUUCAGUAGUAUAUUACAUUUCUCUUGUUUAACUAAUACAAUAUUGUUUCACCUUUUCGAAUUUAUUUCAGCCGUUACAAUAUGUCAGUUAACUGUGUUAUUUACUUACGAGUUUUCACUAGAAAUUUAAAAUCUUUCACCAGGUUAAAUUUUUUAUUGUAUUACUAACAUCAUUUCUCUGAAUGAGAUACUGGUUUGAAUCCUACAGGUGAGCAUCAGCUCCCUGAAGAUUAUACCUACACCUUUAGUGAUGUAGUUAAGAUUCAGGGAUUCUUGCUAAGCUCUUUCAACUACCUAGCAUUUAGAUACAAUAUAAAGAAAUUUAGUGUUAUAUAUUAAUUCAGUCAUAUAGUACUGUUUUUCACUAUGGAUAGUUUGUCAAAAGUGUUUAAUAAGUGACAUGGCUCAGAAUCAAUCAC